AUGGCAAUUCAACUUAAGUGGCAGCUUAUCCUCUUGGCCCUAUUACUCUUUUAUUGGUCUCAUGUGGAAGCUCGAUACACACGACCGCAACGCAUUAUAAAUGGCUCUAAGGCAAAAGCGCAACAGUUUCCUUACCAAGUAUUUUUUGACGUUCUUAACAAUUCGAAAUGGAUCCCACAAUGUGGAGGCGUUAUAAUCUCAGAGAGAACUGUGCUCACAGCAGCUCAUUGCUUUGAAGAUGGCAUCGACUCAAUCAAGCUAUACUUCGGAGCUGUUAAUAGAAAAAAUUCCAGCGAAACGGGACAGCAACGUUUGAUAGUGCAUAGGGAAAAUAUUUUUAUAAACGAAGGGUACGAAUUUAAUCAAACCCUUAACGAUAUUGCCGUAAUAAAUCUGCCAGCUGAGAUACAAUUUGAUGAAUUUAUUCAACCAGUUGGAUUGCCGAGUCCAAACCAAGUUAUUGACAACCUAGAGGGUAUGACGUCUGGCUUUGGCCACACUCAAGCACCAAAAGAGGGAAUAGGAAACCUUUCAGACCACCUAAUGUACUUAAAAGUGAGAAUACUACCAAACAAGGUGUGCAAGCCCAUACUGCACAAGUAUGAUCCUGCAAGAUUCUUCCCAUCAUCUUGGGUCUGUAUUGCACCCAAUAAAUCUACGCCAUGCAAUGGCGACUCUGGUGGACCGUUGGUUAUCAAAAAUGCCAACGGUACCAAUACCUUAGUAGGCCUUACUUCAUUCGGAAUGGAUACAAUUUGCUCGCUCAAGAGGCCAGCAGUUUACACGCGAGUCUCAUCAUAUUUGGAAUGGAUUCAAAGCGCUAUCUACUAA